AUGAAAACGAUCAUUAUCACUUUUGUCAUUAUUGCUUAUAAACCACUAUCAUUUUUAUCACUAUCACUCACUCACGCUUACACGUUCCAGGAUUUCAUCAACGCCGUCGACAGCUAUUCACGGCUUGUGAAGCUGUAUCCAAAUUUUCCUGAAUACAAAAUUUGCUAUGCUCAGUCGUUGUACAACGCGUUCAUGUUGUCCGAAGCGUUACAAAUCGAAGAAGAGCAUCUACUGGGUAAUGUGGUGAAGUUGGAGUCGGCAAUCAAAUAUCGUGAAGAGGAUCUAAACAACGCUCGCAUACUUGUCGAACAAUACCCCGCCGAUGAUCCAGACAUCGAAAUGAAUUUGGCCUGUUUAGAUUACAAGGAUGGUGAUUACGAUAAAGCUUUGGAGCGGUUCAACAAUGCGACCUCGAUAAUGGGAUAUCAGCCUGAACUGGCUUAUGCCAUCGCGCUGUGUCACUACCGAAAGAAGGAGUAUCCACAAGCACUUAAAUUUAUCACCGAUAUUGUGAACCGUGAACUUGGUGUUGGCAUGGUGACUGAAGGAGUAGACUUACAAUCUGUCGGCAAUACAAUGAAAUUACAUGAGACUUCGCUGGUGGAGGCAUUAAAUUUGAAGUUUGCUGUCGAAUACAAGCUAAAAAACUUCGCAGCCGCUCAAGAAGCGCUAACCGACAUGCCUCCGAGAACUGAAGAAGAGCUUGAUGCUGUCACGCUUCAUAAUCAGGCUCUGAUUGGAAUCGAUAGGAAUCCAGCUGAUUGUUUCGCAAAGCUACAAUAUCUGCUCAGUCAAAAUCCAUUUCCACCUGAGACAUUCGCUAAUCUGUUAUUGCUGUACUGUAAGUACGAAUAUUACGAUCUUGCUGCUGAUGUGUUGGCUGAGAACACUCAUCUCACUUUCAAAUAUCUUACACAGUAUCAGUACGAUUACUUGGAUGCCGUUAUCAAUCUUCAAACAUCACCUGAUGAGGCAUAUGCGAAGUUUGACGCGAUGGCAAAUGAUCAACUUAAUGAGCUUCGUAAUCUCACCAAGCGGGUUCAGGAAAUUCGACAAAGUAAUGACGAAACAGCGGCACGUAAAGCUGUCGAAGCAUUCGAUGAAACGCUGGAAUUAUAUCUACCGAUUCUGAUGUCACAAGCGAAAAUUUAUUGGGACAAAUGCGACUACGCGAGAGUGGAAAGGAUAUUUAGGAAAUCUGUCGAAUUUUGUAGUGAACACGAUAUAUGGAAGUUGAAUGUGGCGCAUACGUUAUUCAUGCAGGAACAAAAGUUCAAAGAAGCUGCCGGCUUUUAUGAGCCAAUUGUCAGCAAGAAUUUUGUUAAUCUACUUGAAGUGUCAGCAAUUAUUCUCGCCAAUCUUUGUGUCUGCUACAUUAUGACAAACCAGAAUGAAGAAGUUUGCUAUUUAACGUUUUUUCCAUUUUUUAUUACAUCUCCUAUCGACUUUUCUUCACGAGACCAUUUGUUUCAUGCGGAAGAAUUGAUGCGAAAAGUCGAAAGAGAGGAAGAGGAUGCUAGGGAAUUGGACGAAGGACGAAAGAUUUUUCAUGUGUGCAUCAUCAACUUGGUAAUCGGAACUCUCUACUGCAGUAAGGGUAAUUUCGAGUUUGGUAUUUCUCGUGUUAUUAAAGCAAUGGAGCCACAAGAACGAAAACUUGGCACUGACACUUGGUAUUACGCGAAAAGAUGCUUGUUGGCAACUAUCGGUAAAGAUUUCAUUAGACAAUGGCUAAGCAUCUUGUCGUUAUACGCGAUUCCGUUGUACAUGAAUGUCUCAAAUUUCUCGAAAAAUGCGAAGUACAUGGUCGAGAAAUUCCAACAAUAG